AUGGAGAAACUGGCGAGUGAGGAGAAAAGCGAGGAACUCGUGGGCGCGCGCGCAUCGGGCGUUCGGGCGUUCGGGGCGGUCAUGCCGGAAAGGAACGGAGGGGAAAAGAGGGAGGAAAAGUUCAAGGAAAAUGUCUCCAGGAGGGGAUUCGCAUCAAGGAUAUCAAGGAUGCCAGGGCCUGCGCAUGUUAACUGCCGAGUAAAAGAGGGAGAAGGAGAAGACGUCACUUGCACCACUUGGUUAGCGACUUUUUGCAUCAUCGACGACCUUGAGAGAAGUAAGAGAAGAAGAAGAGGCAGAAAGAGUGGAAGAAGGAGGGCAGGUGGUUGGCUGGGGUGGAGUGGCCAAUGGGGAAGAAGGAGACGGGCAGCCGCUGGAAGAGGGCGACGAUGUCUGGCGGGAAGCGCGGGUGGAGAGCCAGACGAAGCAUGA